CCAAAAUUGAAGGGGUGGGACCUCACGGCCCAGUUCAACAUAUACUCGUCUCUCAUUGGUCAGAACUAAGAGCUCGGCCUCGUCCAUUGGUUGGUUCAGCUGACGGUCAGAAGGCGCUUGGCAGCGUUCCGCUGCGUCGGGAUCAGAGGACCCAAAUCAGUGAAACAAAUCUUCUGACAGGAGAAAAGUUCAUGCUGGAGUUUUCAAAGACCUCAGAGGGCCACAUGAAGUCCAAGCUGAACAUGGAAAGUUUGUCCAAGCCAGAGUUGCUGAUGCUCUUCAGCGUCCUGGAAGGAGAGCUGGAGGCCCGGGACCUGGUCAUAGAUGCUCUAAAGGCCCAGCGUAAAGACCUUUACAUUCAAGAGCGCUAUGGAAGGUACAACCUCAGUGACCCCUUCCUGGCUUUGCAGCGAGACAGUGAGGCUGUUGGGGGCCACAAGGAGCAGGGCUAUUCUUCCUCUACCUCCAACCCUCUGGUGGUUCUCAAACUAGUUGUGAGCCACUGCAGGAGGAUGCAGGAGAAGAUGCUGGCCCAGCUGGCUGCAGCUGAGAGCAGGCACAGAAGGGUUAUUGCUGAUUUAGAGGAGGAAAAGCGGAGGCAUGCGGAGGACACAGCAGAGGGAGAUGAUGUGACCUACAUCCUGGAGAAGGAGAGGGAGCACCUACAAAAACAGUUGGAAUUUGAACGGAGCCAGGUCAGAAGGCUGGAGAAAGAGCAACGGCGAAUUACCGACCAGCUGGAGGAAGAACGGGCUCAGCACAAACAGCUGUCCUGCGCUUUGGCCAAAGAGUGCAAGUGGGCGAGUGCUAGAGCUCUGGAAGAAGGACAUCGACUGACUGAGCUCAGUCGGAAACUUGAUAAGGAGAAGGAGGCUUGUCAGGCUCUGAAGAAGGAGCUGGAGGAUGAGAGGAGGAGGGCACUGAGGAUGGAAGCCAGGGUUGAGGAGCAGCUGGCUGAAUUUGACACGGAGCGAGAACAGCUUCGCUCACGACUGAAGAAGGAAGAGAAUCACUGCUGUCAGCUUCAACAACAGGUGGAAGAGCUGAGGAGGAAACUGGAGGAUGUGAGUAUUGUCACAGUGACUGACGUUCCACCAUCAGUGGAGGAAAAAGGAAAGGAGUGGGCCACUAAAGUUCCUACUGGACUGUCAGCUGUAACCAGCAUGAAGACAGAGGACAGUGACGAGGACAGGAAGAGUCUCCCUGCACCAGUGAAAGUUAAUGGCCACCACUGUCAAAUGGAAACCAACGGGCAUCAUUCUCCAACCAGUGCCCUCUCUGGCAAGAUCUGUGUUCAGAAUGGAAAUGAAAAUCCUCUCAUUCAACCAACCCAAAGCCCCACCAUGCCUCCUCUCUCACCUUCUGCUUCUCCUGACCUUGCCAGACGUCCACACGGAGGUCCAAGCCCUGGUAGCUACCAGUCCCCGUACCAAGCCGGGAUAAACCAGCGCUUCCACGCCGCUCGACAUAAGUUCCAGGGCACCGCUGAGCCUGAUCCUCAGCCCCCGUGUACCCCCCCAGCCCUCCCCCUCUCCCCAAAGGAGCAGUCCACUGUGUCCGGUUCCCCCUCCUCAGACACCAGCCCCGUCAAACAGAUGGCCCGGAGCACCGUCACCCAAGUCCUGUCCCGCUUCACCAGCGUCCAGCAGAGCACCACGCCAAAGCUAACCACCCCAAAUAACUCCCCCUUCGGGACAGACUACCGCAACCUGGCAGCCCCUUUGUCUCCGGUGAUUGGAAGGGCAGCAGCAGCAGCAGGAGUGGGACAACAGGGUAUUAGAUCACCCACAAUCCCCAGGGCAGACAGGGGCAACCCUCCACCCAUCCCUCCUAAGAAGCCCGGUCUGGCCCAGGCCCCUCCCUCCCCGGCUACAGUGGCCUGGUCUAGCGCCCAUUUCUCUGAGGCUGCUCUGUCGGGCAACUGUGGCCUCACCUCUGGCCAGGAGGGAGUCAAAGAACUGGACGUGGUGGUUUCUUCGAAUUAGACUAUCAUUUCAUCCAUCAGACUGAUUAGACAGCUGCUGCUCUGCCCACGACAUAAUGGUUUAGUCCACAUCUGGUAAUGAGUGAGGUAUAUUCCUGUACAUUACAGAUCCUAUGCUCAUUUUAAUCGAGGUCCCUUCAAACACUGUUAUUUUAUUUAUUACAUUCUUCUCAAAUGUGCCCUGAGGCACAAUUUGGGUGAGAUUAAGAUGCUGAUACUAACCAUUUAUAGUUGAUAUUAACUACUUUUAUGUGUAUGUGCCAAUACUGUAAGUUGGGCACGUCAUCUUGUAUAAUAAGUCAAAUUUUUAAAGGAAACUCAUCCAUUUAGCACAAAGGAGUUUUAUUUUUUCCCUUUACUUGGUAUUUUACUUAUUAUAUAACAAAUAACCGUCAGACCAAAUAUAACAAGUAGUCCUUGGACCAAUGUACAUAUACUACAUAGUAUAUGUACAUAGUGUGCACUUGGAUGGACUGUAGCUAUUGUUUUUAUAGAAAUAUAUAUUUUGUUUAUAAAUGUUCUGUAGUUAUUAAUGUUUAACACAAGAGAUAAUCGUCAGUAUUUGUACGGGCCUUUGUUAGUGUCAUAUAAUGUUUCAUAGUUAUGAUUUAAAAAAUGUUAAGACUAAAUGCAGUUACUGUACAGAUCGUCGAUUAAGGAUAGUGUUUUGUAUGAAUUUCAUGCCUUGUUAUCAAUAAGAAAUAAGAUGGUUAUACAGCCUCACAAUUAUUUUACAAUCAGUCAUGGCAGUGAUUAAUGACACAGUUCCUAUGUUUAUCGUUCCCUUUUCCAGAUCCUUUACAGAGCUGUAUAUGCUGGAAAUUUACAGAUGAAAUAAAUUAAUCCCAAAGCUGUUGU